CCAGCCAGGCAGCUCUGUCUGUCUGUCAGUCAGACACCUGCAGCAGUGAGCAGCUCCUGGGAGCAGUUGCUGUGUUGGUGGGGUGCCUGAGGAGAGCAGCAGCAGUGCAGCUUGGAUCCUUUGGGGUGAAGCAGCACAGGAAAUGGCAGUAAACAUCUCUGGGGUCAGGUCAGCUCACUGUGUGUUGCUUCUUGUUGAACAUUGAGCUGCUUACGUGAAUGCCAAAGCCUUCUCUGAGCCUGCAGUUGAGUUUUGGAAGUCUAACUUUGAUUGAGUCUGAUUGUGGUGUUUCAGUAUGCACUGGAAAGUUGAAGGUGUGGAAUCUCAUUCAGCCCUAUGAGAAAAAGGGAAAGCUAAGGAUGCUGGAGCAGAACAAUGGAUUUCUCUUUCUCUUUCAUGCAAGGGAUCAUGGGAAACACAAUUCAGCAACCACCUCAACUCAUUGACUCGGCCAACAUCCGCCAAGAGGAGGCCUUUGAUGGCAGCAGUGACAUUGCCGAGGAUGGGGGCCGGACGCCGUACGAGGCCGCGCUGCAGCAAGGCUUCCAGUACCCCACGCCAUCCGAGGAGCUGCCCCCCCUCACCAACGGCUACCCCCCGGCCAUCAGCAUGUACGAGCCCCAGGGCAAGUACCAGGGGUACCCUCAGUAUCCCAACGGAUCUGCCAACGGCUUCGGGACGGGCAGGAACUUCAGCCCCCCGGAGUAUUACCAGCUGGAGAACAGCAACGCCAGGCCGCAGGAAGUGGUGGAGAAACCUUCCCCUCCUCCCCAGCCGCCACCUCCGCCACCGCCUCCACAAGUGGGGAUUCCAAAGAAGACUGGCUCACCAGAGAUCAAACUGAAAAUAACCAAAACUAUCCAGAACGGCAGGGAAUUGUUUGAGUCCUCCCUGUGUGGGGACCUGUUGAAUGAAGUCCAAGCGAGGGAGUACGCUAAGGCAAAACAUGAAGGGAGGAAAGAGAAAAGGAAAAAAAGUAGCAAGCAUGACUCUUCCAGGUCGGAAGAGCGCAAGUCACACAAAAUUCCAAAAUUAGAACCAGAGGAGCAAAAUAGACCAAAUGAGAGGCUUAGCACACUCUCUGAGAGACCAAGAGAAGAUGCAGUGCUGGAGGAAGCCCCGGUCCAGCAGCUCGUGCCAUCCCUUCCAACACAGGUCACCCAUGAUGUCAAGUUCCAGGUUGGGGAUCUGGUUUGGUCCAAGGUGGGGACGUACCCAUGGUGGCCUUGCAUGGUGUCCUGUGAUCCACAGCUUGACGUGCAUACCAAAAUUAAUACAAGAGGUGCCCGGGAAUACCAUGUACAGUUCUUCAGCAACCAGCCAGAGCGGGCCUGGGUGCACGAGAAGCGCGUCCGGGAGUACCAAGGGCACAAACAGUACGAGCAGUUACUGGCUGAGGCAGCCAAGCAAGCCAGCAACCACUCUGAGAAACAGAAGAUUCGCAAGCCGCGGCCGCAGAGGGAGCGAGCUCAGUGGGACAUUGGCAUUGCCCACGCCGAGAAGGCGCUGAAAAUGACCCGGGAAGAGAGGAUAGAACAGUACACCUUCAUUUACGUAGACCAAGAGCCAGAGGAGGCUUUGGCCAAAGCCAAAAAGACUGCUGCUUCCAAAUCGGAGGCCAAGAAGAACCGGCGGCCGAAGGCGGCGCCGAGCUCGCAGCCGGAGCACGGCAGCGCGGCCGCCGGCUCCUCGCCUUGCCACGGCGAGCGCCGGCAGGGCCAGCGCAGGCACUCCAGCCUGGAGGAGGAGGAGGCUCCACCCGUGAAAAUCGCCUGGAAAACAGCUGCAGCUAGGAAGUCCCUGCCAGCUUCGAUCACCAUGCACAACCUGGAUCUGCAAAAGUGUAACAUGUCUCCGGUUGUUAAAAUUGAACAGGUUUUUGCCCUUCAGAAUGCUGCUGGCGAUGGAAAACUCAUCGAUCAAUUUGUUUAUUCCACUAAGGGGGUUGGUAACAAAACAGAAAUAAGUGUCAAAGGACAAGAGAAACUUAAUUCUUCGUCAGCUCAGAGAAGUGAGAAGGCAGUGGUGCAAAACGCGUCCUCUCCUGAGACAACUUCUGGGGCAGCAGGUUCUGUAGAAAAGAAGCAACAGAGAAGAUCGAUUCGAACCCGCUCCGAGUCUGAGAAAUCCACUGAAGUUGUGCCAAAGAAGAAGAUCAAAAAGGAGCAGGUUGAAGCUGUCCCACUGGCAGCAGUGAAGACGGGGUUGCAGAAAGGUGCCAGUGAGAUUUCAGACUCCUGUAAACCCUUAAAGAAGAGAAGUCGUGCCUCCACUGACAUGGAACUGACCAGCUCAGCCUACAGGGACACGUCUGACUCUGACUCCAGAGGACUCAAUGAUUUGCAGGUAAAGGGCAGUUUUGGGAAGCGUUCAGACAGCCCCUCAGCCACUGCUGAUGCUGAUGCCUCAGAUGUGCAGUCAGUGGACUCCAGCUUAUCCAGGAGAGGAACUGGAACAAGUAAAAAAGACACUGUUUGUCAGAUCUGUGAGAGCUCUGGCGAGUCGCUGCUGGCCUGCGAGGGCGAGUGCUGCAGCAUGUUCCACCUGGAGUGUCUCGGCCUGAAGGCCAUGCCUGAGGAGAAGUUCAUCUGCACCGAGUGUAAGAAUGGAGAGCACACGUGCUUUUCCUGCAAGCUGCCUGGCAAGGACGUGAAGCGCUGCUCUGUCAGCACCUGUGGGAAGUUCUACCACGAGUCCUGUGUGCGCAAGUUUGCCACGGCCCUGUUCGAGUCGCGCGGCUUCCGCUGCCCGCAGCACUGCUGCACCGCCUGCUCCAUGGACAAGGACAUGCACAAAGCCAGCAAAGGUCGCAUGGCGAGAUGUCUGCGCUGCCCCGUGGCCUAUCACUCUGGAGACGGCUGCAUCGCUGCAGGAAGCUUGUUUGUGUCAUCCCACAUCCUCAUCUGUAGUAACCAUUCCAAAAGGACUCACUCCUCAUCAGCUGUAAAUGUAGGCUUUUGUUUCGUUUGUGCAAGAGGGCUGGUAGUGCAGGACCAUUCAGACCCCCUGUUCAGUUCCUAUGCCUAUAAGUCCCACUACCUACUGAAUGAGUCAAAUCGUGCUGAGUUGAUGAAAUUACCUAUGAUUCCUCCUCCUUCGUCAGCUUCCAAAAAGAAAUGUGAGAAAGAGCUUUGGUUCCCCGGGAGCGUUCAGAGCCGGUGCCCCAUUUCCCAGCCCAAGUUAGGUGGCAAACUGUUGUGCUGUGAGUCGUGCCCAGCUUCCUUCCACCCCGAGUGUCUCAGCAUAGAAAUGCCUGAGGGAUGCUGGAAUUGCAAUGACUGUAAAGCUGGCAAGAAGCUGCGGUACAAGCAGAUCGUUUGGGUCAAGCUUGGGAAUUACAGGUGGUGGCCAGCAGAGAUCUGCAAUCCCAGGUCUGUGCCUCUCAACAUACAGGGCCUCAAACAUGAUAUCGGGGACUUCCCAGUAUUUUUCUUUGGUUCACAUGACUACUAUUGGGUACACCAGGGCAGAGUUUUCCCUUAUGUUGAAGGAGAUAAAAGCUUUGCUGAGGGGCAAACUAGUAUUAACAAGACCUUCAAGAAAGCACUUGAAGAAGCAGCAAAGCGUUUCCAGGAACUGAAAGCACAAAGAGAAAGCAAAGAGGCAUUGGAAAUUGAAAGGAAUUCAAGGAAGCCUCCGCCCUAUAAACACAUUAAAUCCAACAAGGUGAUCGGGAAGGUGCAGAUCCAGGUGGCCGACCUGUCGGAGAUCCCGCGCUGUAACUGCAAGCCGUCGGACGAGAACCCCUGCGGGCUGGAGUCAGAGUGCCUCAACAGGAUGCUGCAGUACGAGUGCCACCCUCAGGUGUGCCCAGCUGGGGAGCGCUGCCAGAACCAGUGCUUCACCAAGAGGCUCUACCCCGACGCCGAGAUCAUCAAAACCGAGCGCCGCGGCUGGGGCCUCCGCACCAAGAGGAGCAUCAAAAAGGGUGAAUUUGUGAAUGAAUAUGUUGGGGAGCUGAUUGACGAGGAGGAGUGCCGGCUGCGGAUCAAACGUGCUCACGAGAACAGUGUCACCAAUUUUUAUAUGCUAACUGUAACCAAGGACCGAAUAAUAGAUGCUGGCCCAAAGGGGAACUACUCUCGUUUUAUGAACCAUAGUUGUAACCCAAACUGUGAAACACAGAAGUGGACAGUGAAUGGUGACAUUAGAGUUGGACUGUUUGCUCUUUGUGACAUUCCUGCAGGAAUGGAAUUAACAUUCAAUUACAACCUGGAUUGCCUGGGCAAUGGCAGGACCGAGUGUCACUGCGGAGCAGAAAACUGCAGCGGCUUCCUGGGAGUGCGGCCCAAGACAGCAUUUGCAACGGCAAAUGAAGAGAAGGUGAAAAAUGCAAAACUAAAGCAGAAGAAACGGAAAAUAAAAACAGAACAGAAGCAGAUGCAUGAAGAUAACUGUUUCCAGUGUGGAGAUGGGGGAGAGCUGGUCAUGUGUGAUAAGAAGGACUGUCCCAAAGCAUACCACCUCCUAUGCCUUAACCUGACUCAACCACCUUUUGGAAAGUGGGAAUGUCCAUGGCAUCAGUGUGACAUCUGUAGCAAUCCUGCCGUGUCCUUCUGUGAGUUUUGCCCCCACUCCUUCUGCAAGGAUCACGAGAAGGGAGCCCUGGUGCCGUCAGCGCUGGACGGCCGCCUCUGCUGCUCCGCGCACGACCCCAAAUCUCCUGUGGCACCCGAGUACUGGAGCAAGAUCAAGUGCAAAUUGGAAGCACAGAAUGCUGUGGAAGAGGCAAAGGAGUGAAUUUGGUUAAAAACAAACACGGGAGGGGAGAAGAGGGGCAGCAGGCGAUGAACUCAGAGUUUGCAGUGCCACACUCGGCUUUGUCCUCGCAGCCGUCACGUGUGAGCUGGAAUGGGACCAUUGACCUGAGCGAGAAGGACCAGGCAGUGGUGUUUGGUUUUUAUUGUUUGGUCUUUCUUUUACCCUUGAAUGUGCUACAGCAGCUCUUACUGUUGGAAACCAGGAGCGUCUUGGCCUUUGAAGAAAACCGUAAACCUUUUGACAGUGAAAAGAAUAUUCUGUUUAAAAUAAUGUUCUUUGAGUGUAGAAAGCAAAGCAUAGCCACAUAUUUAUUUAUUUAAUUUUGAAAGGGUGUUGAAGAUCUGGCUUUGAUCAGUCAUCGUGUCUUUAAAAACAGCGAAGCCAACGUAACUUUUGUGUCUAGUUUAUGGAAAGAGCAAAGCCUCUCCCCUCUGUAACACUGAGAUGCCAAACAGACAGGUGUGGGUGUCAGACCAGGUGACUCUGCAAUGCCUCUGUUCCAGUACUUAUUGUUAAAGGCAUUGGAGAAGGUAGGUUGUCUCUCAUGUUUACUUAUGAAUAUUAUUGUGAAGCUUUUCCUGUGAGAAAUCAGGUGUGUGACUUCUGGGAAGUGCUCGUAACACAAGGUCUGGCAGUGAGGAAGAAGUGGUGGUGCCUUGCUCCAGAGCUGUCUUAGGUGUUUGCAGACAUGCAAAAAUUCAGAGUUUAAUUGCACAGUGGUCGUUUCUGUAUCCCACCUAUAUUUUGGAAACCCUCCCAGGCAGGAGAGGCUCCCAACCUGAGUCAGAGCUGAAGACAGUCCUGCCAGUGGGCUCCUCACCUGGUUUGGUGGCAGUUACUGAGUGAUUCUUCAGUCCUGCCUUCUCAGGCUCCCCUUGGCUUCAGGGAGACUUGGGCACGUGAGGGACCUGACCCAUGUGCAUGUUGGUUUCGAUGGAGUGUUAAUAUUUUUUUGUUGAGAGACAUCUUCUAACUUUAAUCUUCAUUGUUAAUGGAGCUGAGGAACAUCUCAGCACUUCCUCAGUGAACAGGGUAUUUUGUGUCUGGGUAAGGGGCCAUAACCCAGCAGCCAGCUGAUGCCUCAGGAGAUGGUUCUGUCUUGGAUUCCCUCUGUUAAUCAGACAGAUUCCUUCAGUGAGGCUUUCAUGUGGCUUAUGUUGGCUCUUGCUCCAGAAUUUUUUUAGAAAACCUAUAUUCCUCCAUUUUUUUGUGCAAGGAGCCACAGGGCACUGGUGUCCCCAGGCUGGAGCUAGUUUAGGUGACUCUUCCUCCCCCAGCCCACAAUCUCACCAAGCACUGUCCCCCCCUGCCCUGGUACAGCAAGUACUUCUGACUUGUGUAUUGAUAACAGCUGCUCCCUGCCAGCCUUUGCUCGUGGGUACUGAAAAUAAUCAAAUGUUGCUGGCAUCUGGCUGAACUGAGCCUUGGAAUUAAGAACCUUGUCUCUGGAAAACUGCUUACACAAACCUGUGGGAACACGGAGACUUCUCAGAUCAAGAAAAAGUCUGUGUGGAAUUUAGACCAUGUCUUGCCUCUGCCUGGUGUCCUCCUCAUCCUCAAACUGGUGUCCAGGGGGAGUUUUUUGUGUGUGCAAUCGGUGAUGGAUACACUACAGUCCCUGAGCAGCUGCUGUGCCCUGGACUCAGCCCAGAGCACCUGCCCACACCUCCCUUGGGGUGCCAGACCCCACAGGGCUGGGCCACUGCUGGGGCAGCAGCUUUGGGAUCCCUAAAGCACUUCCUGCUGUGGGCCAUGCUCCAGUCAGGGUCCAACACUAACCCUGCUGGAAAGCAGUGCUGGAUUUUGGUAUUUUUAAAGAAAAAAUAAGGUACAAAAAGGAUUUUAUUUUUCUUAACGUUUUGUGUGGGAAAUGUCUCUUUUUAUGCUCUCAUUGAGGAUGUUUAACCUUCUCAGAAAUUCCAAACACAGCUCUUGCUACCAUGUCUGUAGGGCCUGAGGUGUUCACUUUAUAUUCUUUAUUAGGCUUGAUCAUGUUCAGUGAUUUUCUCUGAAGUCAGAGCAUUCUGAUAUUGCAGCUAUCAGCUGAUAUAUUUUAUAUAUAUAUAUAUGUAUAUGUAUAUAUAUAUGUGUAUAUAUAUCAGAUAUGUUGCUGGUGCUGUGCUUCUGUGUGAGUGCCCCAACCUGCUCCAUUCAUUCCCUGUCCAUGGUGACUUGCUGAGCACAGGGACGUGCUGUGGCAGCACCAGGACACCUUGGGAGCAUUGGACAGGAGCCACAGACUGUCAGUGGCCACCCUGGCUGUGCCACAGUGCUGUGCCAGGACACAGAAGGCUUUAAACUUGUCAAAUGCUGUGAUGGAGGCUGCUGCUGCUCCUCCUGUGCCACUCGAUGUCUUGGUUCACUUUGUGUUCAGACUUCUUAGAGAUGCUUCUUUUUUCCACCAAAAAGUGAUUCAUAGCAGCCAGCAGCUGGGCUUGGACUCAGGAGGGAAAACAGGAGAGGUUGUUUAGUUUGUGAACAAAACUCUGAACUGAAGAGAAGGUGAGUCUUUCAAAAAAGCUUUAACAUUGUUAGAUGAGAACAGGCCAGUUCAGAGGAUCUUGGUGACUGCAGGGGCUGUUCUGAGUGCCAGGCUCAGAUGCUAAAAUGUACAUUUUAACCACGUCUUUGUAAGCUGAGUAACCAGAAUGUAGUUGCUUAGUACAGCUCCUUUGUAGGGAAAAGAUUGCACAGCUGUUCUAAUGGAUUGGCUUCAGCAGAGUGAGAGGCAGCUGCUGAAUUAAUUUGUGUGGGCUCCAAAAUAAGGAAUCUUGGAUAGUUGGGUUAUUUCAUGCUGAGACCUAGGGGAAAUCCACAGAACUGGUAAUUUUGGUGGAGAAUUGCAGUGUGCUGUCCCAGCACAUUGUUUUUCCUUCAUGGGAACACAGUGACAUGUUUUUCACCUACUUUCUUGUUACAUUUUUGGGGUGGCCCCACACUUCUGGUGACCUCCUGCCUCCAGCUCUGGCACCUGGGCAGUGCCUGGGCUGCCCUGCCCAGGGAACAGGUUUUGUGGUUUACUGGAGCUUCUCCUCUGCAGCUGCACCUGGGCACAGUGCAGGCAUCCUGCAGCCUGUGGCCAGCUGAAUUUAGGAGCAAGAAUUCCACGAUUCUGUGAUUCCAGUGGUGCAGAGGCUGGUUCCACCAUUCCUGAACACAUUGUGCAAGCAUUAGCUGUUGUAGCUGUCAAAUUAUUGUAUAGACCUGUCCUGUCCAUAGGCUGUUGAAGGUGUUUGCAGCUCGGGAAGGAAAUUUCGUGGGCAAAUCACCUUCUCUGGUCACCACAUAGUCUUGGAGAAUCAGUUCAAAUGGAGUAAUAGGGCUGGAAUGUGGAUUUUUGGCCUUUCUUCUAAAAAAACCCUUCUUUUAUCUUAAAUUUCAGGAUAGAAUGGGAAAGACACAAUUACUAGACAUAACUAUCAAUGAGCAUAAAAUCUGUAUAUAUUGAAACUUGACAGAAUUAUGUGGGAGGGGAGGGGGGAGGGUGGGAUGGGGGUGUCCGACGCUGGUACGGAGAAGUCACUUUAACAUGGAAACCUCUGCCUCAUUGAAUUCAGGGUUUAAUGUACUUGAAGCUCUGCAGUUCCUUUUACAGCUUUUUUUAUUUAUACAUGAUUUUUUUUGUAUACUGCAUUGAAAAUGUCCUCGACUUCCCCUCCCCAAGUUCCUUCCUGCUCCCCUGUGCAGUGGAUCCAUGGCAAACGGGAGGGUUUGGGAGCAGCUGGCUCGGAGGUGUGUGCUCACCAGGUGUUGUGUGGGAGACAGCGACCUUGGAGCAGUGCUGUCCCUUUGCUUCCCAUUCCCAUCAGCUUUCCCCACCAUUUUCUCUUUGUGUAGCAAAAACAUUUGCACUUAAGAUACACUCCUACACGUUGGAUGUAUUCCCAGUGUUGUUCUGAGGGAAAAAGGAGAAAGAGAAAAAGGCAAAACAGGAAGAAAAGAAAGGUUGUUUCCUGUGUUACUGUAUUUCCCAGUGAGCAGCUCAGGUCUGUGUUCCCCUGGGAGGGGUCCUGCUGCUCCAGAGCGGGAGGUAGGGAGCUGGAACUGUGCUUUGUGUAGGGGAUUUCUGUGCUUAAUGUGAAUAAAAAAGGGAAAACAUGUAUGAAUUUGCCAAAGCCAUUUACCACUCCCUGUGCCCCGGGGCUGUGCCCUCGCUGUGCCACCGCCAGCUCCAGGGGCAGGCAGCUGUGUGGGGUCCCUCUGGAGAUGCCAGCUUUGUGGGGUCCCUCUGGAGAUGCCAGCUUUGUGGGGUCCCUCUGGAGAUGCCAGCUUUGUGGGGUCCCUCUGGAGAUGCCAGCUGCCUGGGGUCCCUGGGAGCCCCCCACCUUGCAGUUCUCUCUCACUUUUGGGUCAUAACCAGACUGAACGAACCCCUACAGGACGAACCCCUGUUCCAGGUGGAUCUGUAUCUCAUUUUGGUGUCACUUUUCCAACAAGCCCCCAACAGGGUGAUCCUGUCCCAUCUGAGCCAGGGGUUGGGGGUUGCAUUGGGGGUGCUCUGAGGACCCCAGCCCGUCUGUCUCCACGCGAGUGAUGUUGCACAACACAGAUCCCCGCGGAUCCGUCUCCAUCCCCACGUGCUCUGUAAGAUGGACCUUUGUAGAGUCGUUAUUUCUGUAGACUUUGUUUAUCUGUAACAAACUUUGUAGAUUCUGUGAAAUGUUAUUUUAACGAAAUCACUCGAGUCUUUAAUAGCAAAGCGUCGAUAUUCACCGGAGUUGGUCUUGGAAGAGUUUUUGGACGCAGAUGCAGCCCUGGCACUACCGAGGAGUGUCUGAUUCCACGGGGCAUUACUGUAUCAUGACUUGAUGUUGCCACAUAGACUUUGAGAUAUCCAAUAUUUUGGGGGGUUUGUGUUGGCCUCUGUCCUCUUGCAUAGUGUGAAGCCUGUAAAGCUGGUUCCCUGUACAUAGAUAGCUCCUGUCCUCUAGGUAGAGCGUAUCGAGACUUGCCUGUAAUAUUUUAGCUUCUUACUGACUGUGUGUGAUGGUAGAACAUAUAAUUUUUGUACAUUCUAUUUACUGAGAUGUUGCCUUUUUUUUUUUUUUUUUUAAUUUUACAAAUACUCUGGAAUUCAGAUGUGGUUUUUUGGGGUUUUGGUUUGGGGUUUUUUUUGUUUGUUUUCCUUUUUUUUUUUUCUUUUCUUUUUUUUUUUUUUUUUUUUCCCUUUUGCUUUUCCGCGAGGAUUCCUUUGGAAAGGUUUUUAAUGACAUUCCACUGAUCUGAAAUUUUUUUGCUUGAGGUUGACUUCAAUAAAUCGUUCUGAAUGUUCCAAUGA